CGAACAUAGAUCAAAGGAAACGAAACAAAAACAUUUUUUGCCGUCGGUACCCGUUCCGUUUUGCUCGUCAAGUGAAGUCGCGUCCUUCGGACGAUUGUGCAACGAAGUUCAUGUCAUGAAACUUUCGAAGUUUAUAAAACUUUCAAAAAUAAUUUAGAGAUGUUUUUCACACUUAAACUUUUUCAUUAGUUAUAAAAGUGGGAUGUUAUUAUGUGUAUAAGGUUGAAUAACUCAGUAUUUAUAUGUACAAAGUUGAGUGAACUUAUGAAGUUGUGAGUAAUUCCUACCUUGUUCAUAGUUGCAAGGCGAGCGAAUUCCACAGGUGUAUAACGAAUGUUGUGACUACUAAAAUCCUAGCAACCGAUUUACAAUGACGGAACUCUCUACAUAGUUCCACAAAGAUGUGUUAUGGUGUCUAAAUAUUGAGAAAAUGUAAACAAAAGUGUGUUAAACACGAAACAAGAAAAUCUAACGUGUCAUGGAAGAAUUGGAACGGUGGUCCAAGAUGCAAUGCAAACAGUUUUACGGAAGUUUUAUCUUAUUACUAUUCUACAUAGUACAUCCUACAUCAUCAAUAAAUAGUACAGUACAAAUGCAACCACCACGGUUUAGCAUGCAACCUUCAUCAUCAAACAGUAUAGUUCGAGAAGGUACAACUAAAAUCCUGCAAUGUUCUGCUAUGGGCAUACCACAACCUAUGUAUAGAUGGUUGCGGAAUGGGGUACCACUCAGUGAUUAUUCAUCAGAGUUGUUUUAUAAGAUUCAUAAUACCCAGCGGCAGGAUGCCGGAGCUUACCAGUGUAUAGCGAAAAAUGACGUCGGAGCAAUAUUCAGCGAAAAGAACAACAUUGUCGUCGCGUAUAUGGGUGUUUUUGAACCUAUUGCUGAAACAAUAAUAACUGUCGAGUCUGGUAGAGCGGCAUUAUUAGCAUUUCCUAAGAUAGAAUCAGAACCACCGCCUUCAGUCAUAUGGCAAGAUGAGAUUGGUGCUCUGCGAUAUGACCAAAAAUAUGCUGUUACCAACAAACAUGAACUUGUAAUACUUUGUACUUCACACGAAGAUGAGAAGGCGUACAGAGUACGUGCUAUAAAUACGCAGUUAGGAAAAGAAGAAAAUAGCCCAUAUAUACAGCUUAACGUUUUUGGCAAUGAUAGUAAAGAAAUUCCUCCAGAAAUUAUUAUAAAACCAGAAGACACGAAGAUUGUCAAAGGACAGGAAUACACGAGUCUAUACUGUAUUGCAAAUGCAAGGCCAUUACACGAAUUAGAAACCUUGUGGUUUAAAGAUGGGAUUAUGAUUGAUUUAGCUGGGGUCACGUUCGACUUAAAUGAUCAGUGGAACAGAACAUUAACCCUUAUAUCAGCCAAUUUAACUCAUACAGGAAAAUAUACAUGCCAGGCUAGACUAAAAACAGGGGGGUAUGCUACUGUCACGGCGUCCGCUUACGUUACAGUCUUAGAGAAGCCAGUUUUUCUGUCAAAUUUAAAAUCUGAAACUUUUGGCGAAUUCGGAAGUACAAUCGUCUUGGAUUGUAACGUUCAAGGUAUUCCAUUACCAAGCAUCACUUGGUAUAAGGAUGCUAGAAAAAUUGCCAGUGUUGGAGCAGAUGCAGAAGAAUCCGAUAAUCCAGAUAUCGACGACGGCGGUGGAAGAUAUCGAGUGGAAGUGGAUCGUUCUCUCGUAAUCAACAACCUUAAAAUGGAGGAUACUGGAAUAUACCAGUGCAUUGCUAGUAAUGAAGCUGGCGAAUCUUCCAUUUACACGUGGCUUAAGAUUAAAACGUCCCCGCCCAUAAUGCAGACUCCGCCGAACAACCUGACCGUGCUUGAUGGCAAGGACGCCACCAUCACGUGCCGCGCCGUAGGAGCACCCACUCCUAACGUCACCUGGUAUUUUAAUGAUUCUUUGAUCAUAAACUUGUCGGCACGACUGCAAGCACUUGAAGAAGGCGACUUGUUAAUUACAAGUACAACGACCGCUGACAGUGGAAAAUAUACCUGCGUGCGAUCCAACGAUGCUGGGAAUGUAUCUGGGGAAGCUUAUCUUACCGUACUAGUUCGAACACAAAUCAUAGCUCCACCUGUAGAUACACGAGUGUUAUUGGGUCACACGGCAACACUACAAUGCAAAGUAUCGAACGACCCGAAUGUGAAGUACAAUAUUGAUUGGUUCCACAACAAACAGCCAAUGACAGCUGGUUCUAGAGUGUGGGUAUCAGCAGAUGGAGCACUACAAGUGCAGGCCGUGCGUGCCAGUGACGCGGGCGAGUACACGUGUGUAGUGACGUCGCCGGGCGGGAACCACACGCGACAUGCUGUCUUGUCUGUCAUCGAACUUCCGUUCGCUCCUACCAAUGUAAGAGCUGUCAGACUCGAUGCCGCUUCACAGCGAGCCGUUAACGUAUCCUGGACUCCUGGCUUCGAUGGGAACUCUCCCAUACAAAAAUUCAUUGUACAGCGCCGUGUUGUGCCUGAGUUUGGACCUACACCUGAUCCAUUGUUGAAUUGGGUAACGGAGCCGGUGAAUGUCUCUGCAAACCAACGUUGGGCUCUUCUGACCAGUUUAAAGGCCGCUACGUCAUAUCAGUUCAGAGUAUCUGCCGUUAACACCGUUGGAGAAGGACCUGCUUCUGAUCCAACUGAUGUCUUGACAUUGCCACAGGAAGCCCCAUCCGGUCCACCAAUUGGCUUUAUGGGAUCAGCGCGAUCUUCAUCAGAGAUCAUAACACAGUGGCAACCGCCGUUAGAAGAACACAGAAAUGGUCACAUUUUGGGUUUCGUCAUACGAUAUAGGCUUAGGGGUUACGACAACAGCCCGUGGACCUAUCAAAACAUCACGAACGAAGCACAGAGAAACUAUCUUAUUCAAGACUUAAUCACUUGGAAAGAUUACAAUGUACAAAUAGCUGCUUACAAUGAUAAAGGAGUUGGUGUAUUCUCCGAUAGUUACACGAUCAAAACUAAAGAAGGAGUGCCUGAAGCGGCUCCGGACAAUGUUCGCUGUGAGGCGGUUAACUCUACAGUCAUAAGGGUUUGGUGGACUCCGCCGAGCCCUCAGAAAAUCAAUGGUAUUAACCAGGGUUACAAAAUGCAAGCAUGGAUUUGGGACGAGAAUGAAGGGGUUAACAUCGAACAGAAACUUGUCAGUGUGCCUCCCAAUCUCCUGGAUCCUUUGACUGAACAAUCAGCCAUCAUAACUGGACUAGAGAAGUUUACAAAGUACAAUAUCACUGUUUUGUGCUUUACGGAACCCGGCGACGGACCACGCAGUGAAUACGUGCAAGUUAGGACGAACGAAGACAUUCCGGAUGAAGUUGGAAGUCUUCUUUUCGAUGAUAUAUCGGAUCGCGCAGUAAGAGUGUCUUGGACUGCUCCUAAAAAAUCAAAUGGUAUCUUGGUUGGAUACAAACUGUCUUAUCAGAUGAAAGACAGCAAUGAAACGUUCAAAGAAGAAGUGUUGCCACCAAACGUGACUAGCAUUCGAGUGGAGCACUUGCAGGCUAGCACACACUACAGGUUUUGGUUAUGCGCUAUGACGGUGGUGGGCGAAGGACCGCCGAGGGCAGCAGUGAUCCAGUCCGGCGUAGAACCAGUACUCCCUGACGCUCCUCGCAACCUCGCACUUUCCAACAUCGAAGCUUUUUCUGUACUGCUGCAGUUCACACAUGGCUUUGAUGGCAAUUCCUCUAUAUCACUAUGGACGGUGCAGGCUCAAACAGCACGCAAUUCUUCGUGGGUGACUAUAUUUGAAGUGAACGCGCCGGACGCUCAGUCGAUACAUGUGACCGGUCUGGUACCGUUCACUACGUACCGACUGCGACUAAUAGCCACCAACGUGGUGGGCUCAUCACCGCCUUCAGAACCAUGUAAAGAGUUCCAGACGAUCCAGGCUCCACCACAACACCCACCAAAGAACGUCACCGUACGCGCUGUUAGCGCCACCAACCUACGCGUCAGAUGGAUACCUCUACAGCAAAGUGAAUGGUACGGUAAUCCAAAAGGGUACAACAUAACAUACACAAAGAGUGAUAGUAACGACACAUUACACAGCAUCAUCGAGGACCACACGGCAAACUCGCACAUACUGUCUAAUUUAGAAGAAUGGUCGGUGUAUGAAAUACGUAUGACUGCCAUAAACGAAGUUGGCACGUCUGUUCCUAGCCCCACUGCCACAGAGAGGACAAGAGAAGCAGUUCCGUCCCGGGGUCCUACUGAUGUAUCAGCUAAUGCGACCUCAUCUACAACAGUUGUCGUCCUUUGGGGAGACAUACCACCAUCAGAACAAAACGGUUUAAUUGAAGGGUACAAAGUGUGCUACGCUGCGAUAGUGCCACCGCCAAGACCCGAACAAAAGAAGGUGGAAUGCCAAGCCGUACCAUCGAAUCAAACUCACACUAUAACGCUGACGGAGCUCCGUAAAUACGUCGUAUAUCAAAUACAGGUGUUGGGUUAUACCAGGCUAGGAGAUGGAGCUCUAAGUGACCCGCCGAUUACAGUCAGGACGUUUGAAGACACUCCCGGUCCACCAUCUAAUGUGUCAUUCCCUGAUGUGACAUUCACGACGGCACGCAUAAUCUGGGAUGUACCAGAGGACCCCAACGGAGAAAUACUAGCGUACAAAGUUACGUACCACCUAAACAGCACAACACAACACGUGUUUUCUAGAGAAUUCCUGCCUUCUGAUCGAACAUUCAGAGCGACGGAGUUGGUGUCGGAGCGGUACUACCAGUUCUCGGUGCGGGCGCAGACCCGGCUGGGCUGGGGCGGCACGGCGCGCGCGCUGGUGCUGACGACGGCCAACCGCGCCGCGCCGCAGCCGCCCGCGCGACCCAACGUCGCGCGAUCCUUGCUGCAGCCUCACCACAUCACCUUCUCCUGGACGCCCGGGGACGACGGCUACGCUCCGCUCAGAUACUACACUGUGCAACAAAAAGAAGAUGGAGGCACGUGGCAAACAAUACCCGAGCGUGUGGACCCCUUCGUGACGUCGUAUACUGCUGAGGGUUUGAAACCAUUUACGGCGUAUCAGUUCCGAAUUCGAGCGACCAAUGAUAUCGGACCUAGUCGGUACAGUAAUGCGACUGAAACUGUACGAACACUACCUGCUGCACCGAGUAAAGCUGUUGAAAACUUGCACGUGGUGCCAAUAACACCGAACAGUGUUCGCGUGCACUGGUCCCCGCUGGGCGAGGCGCACUGGAGCGGGGACACUCGCACUGGCGGGUACCGCGUGCGAUACCAACCUCUCACCGACUUCCCCACCGCGCUGCAGCAGACCAUGAAACAGGAGGUGCCUGGCAUUAAGAGCGAGGAAGUAGUGUUGAGUGACCUGGCGGUGGACCGUAACUACGAGAUCAGCGUGUGCGCCGUGAACUCUCAGGGCGCGGGCCCGGGCGGCACGCCGGCCGUGGUGUGGGUGGGCGAGGCCGUGCCCACCGCCGCGCCGGCGCACACGCGCGCGCGGGCGCUCUCCCCCACCGAGGUCACGCUCGCCUGGGCGCCGCCCGCGCCCGCGCACCACAACGGGGACCUGCUCGGCUACAAGAUCUUCUACCUAGUGACCGACUCUCCUGAAGAGCCGGAGCCGGGGCGACGCAUAGAGGAAGAGAUCGAAGUAGUGCCCGCUACAGCUACUUCGCAUUCACUCGUAUUCCUUGACAAGUACACCCAAUAUAGGAUUCAGGUGCUCGCGUUUAAUGCUGCCGGAGACGGUCCUCGUUCAACUGCAGUAAUGGUCCGUACGUUGCAAGGUCUUCCGUCGGCUCCUCGCAAUAUAACGUUCACGGACAUUACAAUGAACAGUCUCGUCGUUUCGUGGGAGCCGCCGUAUCGCCGCAAUGGCAUCAUUCAAGCAUAUCUUGUCACUUAUGAAACUAUAGAGCAGGACGAACGUUUCAGCAAGCAAGUGAAGCAGAAAGUGACGGAGCGGCGGCUGGCGGUGGGCGGGCUGGAGGAGGAGGUGGAGUACCGGUUCAGCGUGCGCGGCGUGACGGAGGGCGGCGGCGCCGGCGCGGCGGCCGAGGCGCGCGCGCGGACGGGCCCGCAGCGCGGCUCGCCCGCCCCGCCGCGCGCGCUGCUGCUGCAGCCCGAGCCCGCCGCGCUGCGCCUGCGCUGGAUCAACGCGCCGCCGCCCGCCUCCAACGCGGACCCCGCCGCCCCCCUCCUCGGGUACUACUUCGAAGCGCGCCGCAAAGAUGACACAAGAUGGGAAACUAUCACCAGAACCAGCAAUGGAAUGUUAGAAGAGUUCACUAUAUCAUACCAAAGUCUGCUACCAUCAACGGCGUACUCAUUCCGGGUGAUAGCAUACAAUAUGUAUGGAAUCAGCAAUCCGACAUACAGCGAUAAAGUCAUCGUCACGCCUUCAAAGUUAUACUUAGAGUAUGGGUACUUACAAUAUCGGCCCUUCUAUAGACGCACUUGGUUCAUGGUCGCGCUGGCAGCUGCGUCAGUCAUCAUCAUAAUAAUGGUUAUUGCAAUUCUAUGUGUGAAAAGCAAGAGUUACAAAUACAAAAAAGAAGCGCAAAAAACUCUGGAGGAGUCUCUAGCGGGAGAGAGCGAGGAGCGCGGCACGCUAGCCAUGGAGCUGUACCGCGGGCGCCAGAACUCGUGCGGCAGCGGCGGCGGCGGGGGCGCCACGCUGCGCCGCGGGGCCGCGCUGCCCAAGUCUCCGCCGCGCCCUGCGCCCGGCUCCGUGGCCUACCACAGUGACGAAGAGAGUCUGCGCGCCUACGACGAGAACCCUGACGACUCCUCUCUCACCGAGAAACCCUCGGAGAUGAGUUCCUCCGACUCCCAGAAUUCGGAGAGUGAAAACGAGAGUGUAAGAUCGGAGCCGCAUUCUUUUGUAAAUCACUAUGCCAAUGUGAACGAUACGUUACGUCAAUCGUGGAAACGGCAGAGGCCGGUGAGGAACUACUCAAGCUACACAGACUCGGAGCCAGAAGGCAGUGCCGUAGUUAGCCUAAACGGUGGGCAGAUCGUCAUGAACAACAUGGCGCGGUCGCGGGCUCCGCUGCCAGGCUUCUCCUCGUUUGUAUGACAGGAACCCGCCAGCACGGCACCCGCUGAAGCCGUGCAUAUGUAACAUUACACUGCCCAUUCCCAAUUAUUUAAAUUUAAUUAAAUGUUAGCUAUUGCAAUUAUUGUACAUAUCGAAUAUAAUCUGUAAGCUUUAACUAAAUUGGUAGAAAAUCUGAAAUAAAAUUAUGAUCUUUCAGAUUAUUUAUUAAGAAGUUUUAAAUUAUAUAUUCAUAUCUAAGUAAAUAUAAAUUAUGUAAACUUAAAGUUACAUACAGUUGCAGUUUUUGAUCAUAAACAUGUUAAAAAAUUUGAACAUUACAUUAAUAUUUAAUGCCAUACCACAAAUUAGAAAGUAAAUAAGAUAAGAACUGCACAUAAAAUUAUUGUUAAGUAAUGAGCUAUAUUAGACGAAUGGUAGCUUUCGGCAGCUAGUUAAAAAUAAAUACAAUUGAGAUCUCGUUUAUUUAAUCUGCGUUGUAAUAUAAGUUUGGCGCGCCUACAUGUUUAGGACAUCCAACCAAAAUCCCUUUUUGUCGAAUAAUGUGGUUAAAAACACUGAAAAUUGUUGUUGUAUAAAUAAAAUUUUUGAUGAUUGAUGUUAAUCACUUCUUGUAAGUUAUAAGUUUGAGGUCCAAAUUAUACUGUAUAGUUUUGUCCAUCAUCUUAGACUGUAUAAAGUAAGAAGUGGAUACUCCUUUUGUUAUAUUGUUGAUGUAAUUAAUCCCGUUACUCUGUCUAUUGGGAUAAAUUGGUUGGGGACUGUCCAAGUGGUUACAUUUUGCGUAUGUACUUAUCUGUUUAUAGAAAUUACUUAAUCGGGUGCGCCCUUACCGGCAAAUGCACCUUUUUCUUAAAAUAACAUGUUAGACAAAUUAGAAUGUACCUUUUCAAACCGCAACACAAUCUUAAGGAACAUCUAUAGUAAGGUUAUAUACCAAUAUUAUUCUCCAGUUGUGAGUAUAAGCACCCAAAACGACUUGUUUUAAUUUUAAUGCCUAUAUUUUUAUAAGCUCUUUUUAUAAUAGUUUAUUUGAUGUAUAAUUGUGUUGGUGUGAUGUGCCAACAUAAAUUCAUUACAUUGUCCAAACACUUUUAUUGAUUAUCUGAAUAAAUUUAUUAAAACUAAAUAUUUAUGUUUAUAAUAUUAUAGUGAAAUAAGUAGUACUAUCUGGCCGUUAAUAAAUGCAACGUCGAUAUACUAUUAUUUUAUUAAAAAAUAGAACAUGUUGACAUUCUCAAUGAAUUUCAAAAACUAUUUUAAUCAGUAUUGAUUAGUGUAUAGUUUAAACUUACGUAACUCCAGUUUCAAUAGCGACUCGUCUAAUAGACCAAUAAGCGUGUUAGUUAUUUAGCAUUUAUACUAUUUUUUAUAAUUAAUAUGCAAUUGACUGAUAGAUUUAGUGUCUAAUCCUUUACAUGUGUACAUAUAUUUUAAAGGUGACAAAAUCAUCCUGGUAUUUAUUCAAAAAUAUUUGGCACAAUUUUUUCAAAAUAACCUGUGAUUCAUGUAUGUAUUUUAAAUUAUUACUUAUUAAAUGUUUAUUACUUAGAAACAAAUAAACUGUUAUGAAAACUAUACACAAAAUUAUAAUCGAAUGUUCCAAAAAAAAAAAACUUAAAUACAAAAAUUAUUUAAGUGGACCCAUACUUUUUAUUCAUGCAUGCGGCACCACUUUGUCGUGUCUCACUGCAAAUCGAAGACAUAUUUUGAAAAAUAAUCCAUUUAUGGUGUGCCAUGAAUUCAAAGACUAAACCAACUUUGUCAAUAAAUGUAUCCUAGGUAAUAACUUUUUUAAUUUACUUAAUAAAUAGAAUUAAUUAAAUCAUAAAAUGUCGUUAUUUUUUGUUCCUUUAUUAUUUAAGCUGGUGAAUGAUUGAUUAGUACCAACAUUUCCUUAAUUUAGCUUAAUUAGCACACUAUCACUGCUGCCAACUGGGCCAAACACAGGACAAGCUACUGCUUAUUUUUUUUAUUUAAAUUAAACUGCUUAUUUCUAUUGAUAUCCAUAUCCUAUAAGUCAUGGGUCAAGGAAAAAUAAAAUAAGUGUCAAAUGCUAUUUAUUCAAAUAAGUAGUACAUAAAAUUACAAAAAUAAUUUGUUUGUUUUUUCGAACCAUGUUUUUGAAACAUAAUUAGGUACAUUCUUCCAUUGCUUAAUGACAUUAAAAGCAGCUACAUCCACAAUAGAAAAUUCACUUCCAUUUAUCCAGUUCUUUUCAUUUGCAAAUAAUUUCUUUACAAGUGCUUCUUUGUUCUUAUCUGAUGCUCUUUCCAGUACAUGGCAGAUAUCAAGUAAUGUGUCUACAUUAUGAUCAUUAGCAUUGUAUGGUAUAACACUUGGAUAAACACAAGACAGAUAGCGUAAUAUGUUCACAUUGCCUAUGAUGGGAACAUCCAGGGUAGAUAUCUUCAAUUCUGUAUCAGCCGAAACUGAAAUAAUGAUACCAGAUCAUUAAAGUUUAUUGUAAUCUAUAAAAAUCGUUGUUUGUAAUGAAUGUGUUAGUAUAAAAUAUGUUAAAACUUACCACAUUUAAAUAUCAGCCUCAAAUUUAUUGCAGAAUUACUUUUAGUUUCUUUUAGAUUUUUAACAUAGUUUUUAAUUUUCGACACUUUUUCGUUAGGUACAGAAGAGUGAAUGUGCCAUGAAAUGUUCAGAUCUACAGGUUUUUUCAAAAUAAGAUUCAGGUACCAGGGCAAACUGUCUGGGCUGAGAACCAAAACAACCUCUUCUGGUGUAGGCAGCUGCAAGAAAUUUAUUGUAAUAUAUAUUUUGUGAGACACAUUAAAUUUACUAAUUAUACAUUUCAUAUGCAUAACAUACAAUUUGGCAUCUCACAACACUGCUAAUCAAAUUAGUUAUCUCUCCAAACUAGUUAUCUCGCCAAACAGUUGCACAAAUAACUAACAUAAACCAUCCAAUCCAACACAAUUAAUUAAAAUAUUCAUUUAUUUAAAUAAAGAUCAUCUCAAUAAAACUGUUCCUAAACAAAGUUUUACUUUAUAGUUUUUUUUUUUUAUAUAUUAUAUUAUGCAGAAAAUAAAUAAUAAAACUUACACAUUUAUCUUGUUUACUUGUUUUAGUUUCUAGAAUGUUGUUAACAUUACAAUAGGAACUAAUUGUCUUGAUUCUGUCAUAGAGAGUAUCCAAUUUUUUCAAUAAUUGUUCCUGGCGAUGUUCUAGCUCCGACAUUUUAUUUGACCCCUGUAAAGAAUAAAACCUUUACAAUUUUUUUUUCUUUUAUUAAAUAAUUCAUAUAUAGUAUACAUUCCUACAGAAUUCAAUAAAAAAUAUCAAUUAAUUACUAUAAAUACUAAGUGCAUGUAAAAGUAUAAAUUGUAAACUGACACAAAAUUAUGAUGAUGAAUGUCUCAGAAGCACAUUACUGAGAAAUAUAAAUAAUAGGAAAAUUUAAAUUGUAUUCAUUCUAUAACAUUUGUACCUGCAACAUAUAUAUAAUAGUAAAAACUAAUGUAUCCCUGAUUGUUAGCAAGCUAUGACCUAAACAUAUCAUAUUGUUAAUUUAAUAAUUUUAGUGACAAAAACCUUAAGAAACUUGAUAACCUGGGCACUGACACCGAUGUCGCUAUCGCUAUAAUCUUCUUGGAAAAACUCUGUGCGAUAUUUUACGGAAUACAUGCAGUUCGGCAAAAAGAUUUCUUUAUCGUGAUCAAUGAUUUUCUUCAUGUGAUACAUCAUUUUCCAAAUAUUUGUGGAUAAGUCACUAUAAAUUACUAUUUUAGGAUAUUAAUCUUACCAACCCGGCAGUCAAGAAUACAAAUUAAAUAUGGAUUAAAUUUACUCAGAUUCAGCCACGUUCUGCACGAUCGUUCGUUCGAUAAUACCUUAGGUUAUUGACAUUGACAACUUUGACAACUCAUAAUUUGACAUACAGUUAUUUAUGGUAAAGCAAAAAUUGUUCAAUAGGUCGACGCCUUUAAUCUUG